AUGGCGAAGUGGAAAGACUUACCGCCCGAACUCAAGUAUCAAAUCUUUGAAGCCAUACCCAAGGCAUGGCCCUACCAAAGUACAGCUAAGUACGCCGCGGUUAAUAGAGAAUGGCAGUAUUACUUUGAAAAGAAGACCUUCCGGACGCUCGUUUUAAACUACUCGUGCGUCGAUGACCUUCGCCAAAUCGUCCGGGGCCGGGAGGAUAUUAUCAAGCGUAUUUGGCUGCGCAUCCAACCCCCGACAUGGGAGUGCUUCACUUGUGGCACUUUGGAACCAUUUGAUCAGCUUGCCAGAAAUAACCAAAUCUUCACAAAUGCUUUGUGGACACUGAUGGACAUACUCAGUUCCUGGGGUGAAGUAGAUGGAAGCGACAGUGGUUCGGGGCUCACCUUGGAGAUUAGUGUGCAUGUUGAAAGCAAACUGAGGCAUCGCUUCGACUGCUGCACCUUUGAUAAAGAUAUCUAUCCAUGCAGAUUACCUGAGUGGUGUACGAUGGAUGAAAGCUGCAGUCUAUCUCGGCAAUUGCGGCCAUUCGAGCUGCGCGAAGAAAUAUGCGACAUCGUUCGCACCCACAUGGAUCUCGUCGAGGAGCUGCGCACCGUGGAAAACAUCGAGCUUGACUUUAGCAGCAUGGGCGAUGGGCGAACGACUAAGCUUCCGACUGUGAGAUGCGUGAAAGAGUUGACUAUUCGUCCGCUAAACUUGCGCCGCUUUGGAUACCAGACGAUGAAGGAGAUUGCUAGAAGUUUCGGGAAACUCGAGACGUUUAAUUUGGAACCUGAACUGUUCUAG